UUAAACGAAGGGACCGGAAGUAGUUACACUAAAAUUGGUCCUCGGUCUGACUAGCAACAUGACAGUUAUGUAGCUGUCCGUGUAGGAAGGUUGUACAAUAUUUCUAGUUUCUGGUUGUUUAAGUUGCCAUUCGGAAUGUUGUCACUAAAAACGCUGCUGGUUUCUCACCACAGAACCUUUACGAUUUUAACAGCGGAAAGAAACGUCGUUUGCAUCAAGAGGGCGUUUUACCUGCUCAGAUCCCCUCUCGUCAAGCGAGGAAAUGCCAGGUCCAUUGGAUGGCGACAAUGCAGCUCCACAGCAGCCAAAACUACAACUGCAGAAGACUCCUUCUUUAAAUGGUUCUUGCUGCUCAUCCCGGCCAGCACAUUUGGUCUCGGCACCUGGCAGGUGAAGCGUCGCCAGUGGAAACUGCAGCUGAUUGACGACCUGAACAAGCUCACCUCAGCGGAGCCCAUUCCGCUUCCUGUCGACCUGCACGAGCUGGGCCAGCUGGAGUACAGGCGGGUGAGAGUGCGCGGGCGCUACGACCACGCCAAGGAGCUCUACAUCCUGCCGCGCUCGCCCGUCGACCCUGAGAAGGAGGCCAGGGAGGCAGGCAGGCUGACGUCCAGCGGGGAGACGGGCGCCAAUGUGGUCACGCCGUUUCACUGCACGGACCUUGGCAUCAGCAUCCUGGUGAACAGAGGCUACGUUCCCAAGCAGAAGGUCCGACCAGAGACCAGGAUGAAGGGUCAGGUGGAGGGCGAGGUGGAGCUGGUGGGUGUGGUCAGGCUGACAGAGCAGCGUAGACCUUUUAUGCCCAACAACGAUGUGGACAGGAACCGCUGGCACUACCGCGACCUGGACGCCAUGUCUGCCAUAACCGGAGCGGAACCCAUCCUCAUUGAUGCAGACUUUGCGAGCACCAUCCCUGGUGGACCAAUAGGCGGACAGACGAGGGUGACGCUGAGGAAUGAACACAUGCAGUAUGUCAUCACAUGGUACGGCCUGUGUGCGGCCACAUCCUAUAUGUGGUACAUGAAGUUCAUCAAGAAGAUUAAAAUGUAGGGCCUCCAAUCAAGUACGGGAAAAGCAACUCUCUACGAGGCUAACAAGACCGCAACAAAGACUACAAACUAAAAAGCAGCUUACUAGGGUGGACUCAUUCACACCAGUUAUUCAUUAUGAUACCAUGUAUGUUGAGAAAAAAGCACAAUGCAGAGCGAUCACUAAAGCAGUCACUGCACAUCUCCAAGAUGUGCGAAUGAAAAAGCCUCUGUUUAUCUACCAUAUUUUUCGGAGUAUAAGUCGCUCCGGCCCAAAAUGCAUAAUAAAGAAGGAAAAAAACAUAAGUCG